AUGAAAUCAGAAGGAGCUGAGGAGCCAACUCGUGAGGAAAUGAAGGAGAUGCUUUCCAAGUUGAUGGAAAAUCGUAGCAAGCAUUAUAGGAGUCAGAAGGGUCCUCACUAUUGUGGAAGGUUCGCUGUAAAGAAGAUUGAAGAAGUGUGUCCGGAUCUUUGUACCCUGAAUGAUGAUACUCUCAUUGGUGCCAUGUGUAGACGUCAUCUCACGGAUGAAGAGAUUAUUCUCAGAUGUUGCCCCUAG